UGCAAAGUAACAAUUAGAAAGAACGGUUAGUCCUGUGAGUUCAGUUCAUAUUGUGUUCAGCCAGCUAAAGUUUUGUUCAGUCAAGUACAAGACUCGAGCCAGACACCAUGAAGUUGUUCUGUUUCAUGAGUUUGUGUGUCUUCAUGACUCUAGUUUCAGGUUCAUUAAUUAUAAAGCUAGGUCCAUGCUGGGAAGGAUGCACUAUGGGACAAGAUGACACAUGCCCGGAAGGUUUUGAAUGCAAGUCAUAUCAUUGUGGACACGAAUGCUACCCAAUUGCAGAAGAUAUAAAGAUAGGUCCAUGCUGGGAAAGAUGCACUGUGGGACAAGAUGACACAUGCCCGGAGGGUUUCGAAUGCAAGUCAAAUGGUUGUGGACACGAAUGCUACCCAACGUCCACUGCCUCUCCUACCCCUCGGACAGGCUUGUGCCACGAAUUGUGUAGAACUGACCAGUCAACUGAUACAUCUUUACCUGCAUGCCCUGAAGGCUAUCAAUGCCUGUCUAAUGGGUGUGGACACGAAUGUUAUCCAAUUAUAAAAAAGUUCCAGCCACUCUGCCCUGAUAUUGUGUGUAUCCGAUCUUGCCCAUUUGGUUAUGAGUCACGUGAUGGAUGUUCCACUUGCUCAUGCAAAGAAAUAAUCUAAAAUAAAGUUAUAAUAGAACGAAGAAAA